UGUCGUCUCCGUGAUGUGCAGCUGAUCCCGACUUGUCACUCGCUGUGCCCCUUUCUCUCUCUAUUCUUCAUCUCUUUUACCACCGUUUUCUCUCUCUCUCUCUCUCUCUCUCCACACCCAGCUAGCUUCAAUGGCGACCCAAGAACUCAACAUAUCUCCUUCGCUCCCUCCAUAUCCCCAGAUGAUUAUGGAGGCAAUUGAUGCACUGAAACAAGUGGAGGGUGCUAACAAGUCAUCGAUCUCCAAGUACAUGGAAUCCAAGUACGGCGAAAUGCCUCCGGGGCAUGCUGAGUUGUUAUCGAAUCACUUGACUAGAAUGAAGGACAUUGGGGAGCUUCUGUUCAUCAAGAACAACUAUCUUAAGCCCGGUCCGGAUGCACCUCUCAAGCGUGGUAGAGGCCGACCCCCGAAGCCAAAGGAGUCCCUUCCCCCGGGCGCCACCCCCGCUUCUCCUAGGCCUAGGGGUCGGCCGAGGAAGGACCCUAAUGCACCACCUGCCCCCAAGAAGCCCAAGCCCCCAUCAGCUGCCCCGAGCAUCUCCAAGACUGGCAGGCCUAGGGGAAGGCCGAGGAAGGUGAAUCCGCAGCCAUUUCAGACUGGUGUUGAGGCCUGAGAUGGUGGCUCUUGUUUAUCUUAGAGGUGAAUUGUGCUUUUUAACUUUUAGUGUUCGUGUGUAGUGUAGCCCGAUGUAUAUUUGCUUAGCGAUUGUCUCGGUCCGCUAGAACUUGCUGUUUCGAUAGUGUUCACUUGAAUUUCUGGUGUUGUGUGUACUGUUACAUUUACGUCACAUGCAUUCUCCGACAACCGUUGGCUUUGCAUGUGGAUCCUCUGAGUAACCAUGAAGUAGUUCAAUUUCUCUUGCAAA